AUGUUAAUUGAAUGCAGAUUUUGUUUGGAGGAAUUGGAAGUUCUUGAAGUUCCUAAGAUCAACCACAACAACAACAAGAAAGGAGAGUCCUCUUCGGAUGAAGAGGAUUCAAAUGGUGCAGAAUUGUUUCCCUCCAGUCCAGAGUCAACAAAGAAAUCAUCGUCGGAUUUCGGUGGAUAUCUAGAGUUGACACCAGUUUAUCAGUCAAAGAGAAAGAGAAAGGAUAUUGGAAACAGAUUGGUACGUCCCUGUGCAUGUAAGGGAACUCAAGACAUACAAUACGGACAACAACCACAACCACAACUACAACCACCACUUCGUCUUCGGGAUACUCUUCGUCUUCCUACACUGUUUCCACCUCUAGCUAUUCAUCGUCUCACUUCAACUCCAAUCCAACUACGUCAGCGCCUCUCAUAA